GUAAAGCAACAGAUGCUUGUAACAGGAAGCGCACCAACCCAAAUUAUUGACAAUCGAAAACAUUAUCGAGAUAAUAAUGGAGAAGUUGUGAAGGCAAGUUCUAAUGAAAUUUAUGAUGAUAAACUCCCUGAUGAUAUUAAAAGGUGGUCUCCAGAUCAUGUCAAAAAAUUCCUUGAAUCUUGCAUGAAAAAUUCAGAUUUUAAUGAAACUGAUAUUAAAAAAAUUCGAGAACAAGACCUUACUGGUAGAGCCUUUCUCCAUUUGACUGAAGAGAAGUUAACUCAUAAACUUGGCCUUUACAAGCUCAAACCAAGCCCAGCAAAAGGAAUUAUGGAAUUAGUUGAGGAGUUGAAUGAAAAACUAGCUAAGGAAGAAACCUCAUUGAAGUCAUAA